CUAAAACCACGAAAGCACUUCACAAACGCAUGGGAAAAAGGACUCAAACCAAACGGACUACCGGUUUUUCACCUUCCAAGAUUCCAGUUAAUAAACUGAAAUACGAGUGAAAUCCUGAGCCUCAUCGAGUCCUUCCUUUUCAAGUGUGGGAAGCCAUGUCGUUAUAAAUACACCUGACAGUGAAAAACCGUCUGUGACCAGCAAAAGACUCCACUUGCGGCCACCACCGAGAGGGAGGACACUCCACCUGGGGCCUGGAGGACAAAGACUGCUGUCUGUCAGCCAAAGAGAGCAAGAUGGCUGAUCCAAAGCCAACAGAUGAACUGAAAGUGGAGAGGACCACAGCUAAGAGACAGUUCUCCCGCCUUGCCAACAACAUUACGAGAACCUACAUAGAGAUGUCUAAGGAGGAGUUACAGGAGAACUUCAAGAAGCUGAUGCUAGAGAGCUCUCGUGUCUUCGAGGCAAACGAAGAAGUGGAAGCCGCUUACAUGGCAGACGCUGAGGAGCUGAGCGACCCCCAGAAAGCCGACAUAGCAAAGACGGAGAAAGAAUGUGAGCAGAAGACGAAAGAAGUCAAACUCCUAAUCCGAGAGACGCUCUGGACCACAUAUGGAGAAAAGGAACUUUCCCUGGCUCUACAAGUUGCAGAGGCCGAAUUCAGGAACGUCUCCUUCCAGCCAGACACAACUCUGGAGGCUUGUGAGUUCAUGCUGACCCACCUACAGAAGUUGGUGGACAAGGCAAAGGAAGCGCACCAGAACUGGAACCACUGGGCUCCGCUUGCCGAGAAAAAGGACUUUGAUUACCGUUUAAGAGAGCUCGAGGUGGUCCUUCCCAAGCUGGUGUCACAGAAGGCCCCCCUCAUCCAAGCAGCAAGUAUAAAGAAAGACGCUGGACCCCAGCCCAUCUCAGCCCGCAGCUCAGCUCCAGUGGCAGCGAUAAAGCUAAAGGCCACAGCCUUACCAAAGUUUGCCGGCAACCAGCGAAACUACUACAGAUGGAGGAAGGAAUGGGAGGCUCUGCAGAAGCAAGGUGAACCAACCGGAUCUUCAGAGGUUAAGAAAUUCCAACUACUGGAUAGCCUUGAUGAAAAGGUGGCCAGGGAACUACGUCUGUCAACGUACAGCUCAGCAGAUGAGAUCUUCAGAGUCCUGGAAAACCGGUUUGGGAACCAAGCCAGCAUUGCUCUUGAGAUCAUAGAAGAGCUACAAGCAAAACCAUCAGCCAGGAGCGGCCAUCCAAGGAAAAUCGUAGAGCUCAUCCAAACUGUGGAAAAGGCCCUUUAUGAUCUAAACGAACUGGAUAAUGCAGACGCCUUAAAGAACCCACUGAGGAAACACUGUUAA